GGGAGAUUAGUGUAAAGUGUUUUGCUAAUGGAGCAAGGGUGGUUUUUUACUUUAUAAAUACCCUUCUCUUAGAGCUACUACCUUCCAUAUUCUGCAUCUCUACUGAGUAGAUUUUAGCAAAGAAGAAGAGAGAAAGCAUAGGCAGAAACCUUUGUUUCUGUCCUUAAUUAUCUUCUCCCCCUUGUUUCCUCACCAGCCAGCAACCACGGAUUUCCAAAACCAAUCGAGGGAGGUCUCCCCCCAGAGAAAAAUGGGAAGGGGGAAGAUCGAGAUCAAGCGGAUCGAAAACACCACUAACCGGCAGGUUACUUUCUGCAAGCGCCGCAACGGCUUACUCAAGAAGGCCUAUGAAUUAUCUGUCCUAUGUGAUGCAGAGGUAGCCCUCAUCGUCUUCUCCAGCCGCGGUCGCCUCUACGAAUAUGCCAACAACAGCAGUGUUAAAUCAACAAUUGAGAGGUAUAAGAAGGCAAGCGCAGAUUCCUCCAACACCGGGUCCGUUUCUGAAGCCAAUGCUCAGUUCUACCAGCAAGAAUCCUCCAAACUGCAUCAGCAGAUUCGUAAUUUGCAGAAUUCGAACAGGCACAUGCUGGGUGAGUCUCUGGGCUCCUUGAAUUUCAAGGACCUCAAGAGCCUGGAGAUUCGGUUAGAGAAAGGCAUAAGUAGAAUCAGAUCCAAAAAGAAUGAGCUGUUGUUUGCUGAGAUCGAGUAUAUGCAAAAGAGGGAAAUAGACUUGCAUAAUGAUAACCAGUAUCUCCGAGCAAGGAUAGCCGAGAAUGAGAGAAACCAACAGCAGAUGAGCUUGAUGCCAGGAGGAGCUAACUAUGAACUAAUGCCAUCUCAGCAGUUCGACUCUAGAAACUAUUUCCAACUAAAUGAACUGCAACCAAAUCAAUCAUACUCUCGCCAAGACCAACCAGCUCUUCAAUUAGUUUAAUAUGCUUCAAGGACCAGUAAUUUCUGCUGUUUUUAGUUUCUGUGGGGAUGAUCUAGUGCCUAGCGGAUGCAAGCUACAGAUUAUCUUGAGAAACACUAAAAAGCAGGGAUCAACUUUUCUCAAGUGGAGGAACUUAAUACUCUGACAAGUUAGUAUCUUUGUUGAUGGGCAUAGGUCACCCAAGUAUGUUGUUAAGAGUGCUACUUCUCUACAUGUUUCACACUAUGACUCCAUGAAAGAUUCUACUGAUCGAUGUAGCUAUAUUGAUCUUUUGUGUGCUUCUUUCUCCUUGUUAUAUUUGCUAGCAUGCCUGUUUUUCGUCAUUUUUAGUUUCUUUAUGUGUGUGUAUGUUGAUCAAAACCUUCUAUUAGAUCUAUA